AAGACGCAAGGCAUCAUGGGACUUAGAGUACAUUUGGAGGUUGUCCGGGAGAUUCUAAGUCAACACGCUUCAUCUCGUCCCACACUUUCACAGGCAAAAGAACUGUAAGCUUUUCAGACAUGAGUCAGUUCUUGGGUCGUCAGGACUGCAUCGAAAGCCUCCGGAGAGACCUCGUAGACCUUCAAGGUGCCACCGUGGACGUGUUUUCAAGAACCGGACCUGUCAGGUUCUCCUCCUGGAAGUUCCCUGAUAAACUGUCCUGUAACCUGGACAUGGUAGCUCUUCUGGAGCAAUAUGACUUCAUGGCUGGAGAUGAAGCAUUCAGCCAACAUUCCCACAUUGUGUUAUUGGAGCUGGUUAUUGACAGACUACUUCUUCUUCUGCAAAGCUUCAAUGCUUAUAUUGAGUUUAUGAGGUGUGGCCACAGGAGAGAACAAACCAAUGGAUGCCUGUCAGUCGGGCUUGUUGUGCGAAACUAUUGGAGUAAUUUAAUUGAAUUUUCCAAACGGGGGGGCCCCUCUAAAGACAUCACACAACAGACAAAAGCAAAAAGUACAUUUGAGACAGAGGCAACAUCUUCCGUUUCUCACCAAUUGAGCUCAAAGAGGGAUGUUUGCAGAUGUUUAUCCGCUGGGUCUUCCCCAAACACCAUUCACAAUGUACCAUCUGGUCCUGCUCACAACAGCCCCCUCUACCCUAAAGCUGACAGGCACACUGUAAGCUGCCAGACAGUUGAAUCGUCCCUUGUUCCCUGCGACGCAUGUCAUCAAGUGCAGUCUCUUUUGAGAAAAACAGGACAUGCUUUUGUAGAUCUGUUUCAGAGCGAGGGUCUGCCCUCCUCUCUGCAGCUCCUCCUGGGAGCUGUGGAGGACACCCUGGAGCCAGGACAGAUGACAGCAACAGACGUCGUCCAGUGGGCCAAUGAGCAGCUCAGAGACAUGCGCCGGCUGGCAAAACAUCUCCGGGAUGUGCGGGGUACAGUGCAGCCUCUUACAGAGAUGCUAUCUGCAGCAGAAAAAGAGCUGGACGGUUUCAGGACUCAGCUGGAAAGAUCACAGAAAGAGUUCAAGCAAGAGAUUCAAAAACACCAAGCAAAUACUGUCCAGCUGGAGUUUUCACUGCGAAAAGCACAGAGGGCAAUGAAUGAAACUGAGCAACGACUACAUGAGGAGCAACAACAACUAAAAAGAGAUGCUCUCUGCUUGAAGGAGAGUGUUUCCAGACUGAACGAGAAAGUAGCAGAACAGCAAGACACAAUACAAGCACUUGAAUGUGAAAAUAUUGUGCUGCAGGAGAAGGUGAGGAGCUUAAACAUAGAGGUAGAGGCCUGUUGUAAACUACAGCAAAGGACUCAGCAGUUAGAGGGUCAAAUAAAGGAAACUCAACUGCAACUUGACAAAGAGAAAGCAAAGUACCACAGCGCCUGUCGUCAGCAAGAGUCAAUGCAGGCAAAGCAGACAUCUUUGUUAAAGAGAGUUGAUGCUCUGGACGAAGAGUGUGAGGAGCUUCAGAGUCAGUUGGGAGAAAAUGAGGAGAGGCAGAUCGGCCUUCACAAUCAGCUGCAACAGAUGUCAGAGGAGAAGGAGCAAGUGCAGGCUCAGCUCACUCAGCAGCAGGACCUGUGUUCAGAGCUGCAAAAGGAGAAGCAGACUCUAGAAACACACAUAAGCGAGCUGAAGAAGAGUGUGACCGAGCUGGAAGAAGGCACACAAGCUUUAAGAGAGAGGGAGAGACUGUUGGUGGCCUUCCCCGAGCUCAGCCCUCUGGCUCAGAACCAACCACAGAGUACAGGAAAUGUACUUAUGGAUAUGGAGCGACAGCUGCAUGCAAAUAACAUUCGUAUCAAAGUUCUGGAGCAGGAAAACGCCACGCUGCACACCAGCCUCUUAAAACUGAGGGAAAGAGUACAAAAUAACAACACAAGGGAAGCCUCACCUCAGCAUACAUGGAGCUUCCCUCUGCCAAACACUCACACAGAAGAAAAACAACAAACUCACCUGACACAAAUGCAGACGACGUCAUUGCAGAGCUACAGCGCAGCAUGGAUGGGAUGCAGUAACAGAGGGAAGGAGGCCAAACGAGGAGGAAGUGGUCCGGAGUCAGCUGCGGCAGGGGAUCAGGUGUCUACUGCUUCUGCCGCCCCCUCGUCACUGCAACUCCACCUUCAGACCCUCCACCUCAACACGGACUCCACUGCUGCAGCUAAAAGCAACACAAAGACACGCAGUAGCUUUCUCCUUGCUCACUCCAGGAGCUCAAAUCAGAGGAGAAAAUGAAACUGAAUGCAAACAAAGAAAAGACUGAAUUUCAAUCACAGGAAGACAGUUUUGUAUUAGGAAUCUUUGAAAAACAUUAGCCAACCCUACAUGAAUAUGUCUUUUUGUACAACAUAACACAAUGACUCUGAUAUAAUUGUAAUCUGGCAUUGUCAUAAUGUACACUUUCAACAGUGUGCAAACAGUUAUCACUUCUUUUUUCAUCAAGUAAAGUUGCAAUAACCUCA